AUGGAAUGUGCAGAGGCAGGUCUCACCCCUGAGUGUAGAUGGAGUGGUAAAGUGUCAUCAUGUGCAGGUGUGUGCUGGUGUGGACACCUGUGCGGGCACAGCGGGGCAGAGAGACAUCGGUGGGGCAGGGAAGCAUUGCUGAGUAGUGAUGUUUUCUAUAGGGCAGGACUAGAUGUUUCCAUGGGCGGGUGCCAGUGUGUGAAACAGCAGGACAAAGGGCAGGGAGGUGUGGCGGAAAGUGAGGACUUCAUGCCAGAGAGCCUGGAGGCUGGUCUCCCAGCCCCCAUCCGCUGUGUUCUUAAGUCCUCCUAUCUGAUCACUGCCACACUCUCCUUACACUCUAGUGCGUGUGUGUGUGUCCACCCCCAAGCCAUGUGGCUGUACCUGGCGGCCCUCGUGGGCCUGUACUACCUGCUGCGCUGGUACCGGGAGAGGCAGGUGGUGAGCCACCUCCGAGACAAGUACGUCUUCAUCACGGGCUGCGGCUCAGGCUUCGGGAACCUGCUGGCCAGACAGCUAGACACCAGAGGCUUCCGGGUGCUGGCCGCGUGCAGGACAGAGGAGGCAGCCGAGCAGCUGAAGGCCCAGACAUCACACAGGCUGGAGACGGUGACUCUGGACGUCACUAAGACGGAGAACAUUGCUGCAGUAACCCAGUGGGUGAAGGAGCGUGUAGGGGAUGGAGGACUCUGGGGCCUGGUGAAUAACGCUGGCACCGCCUGGCCCACAGCCCCCAACCAGUGGCUGACGAAGCAGGACUUUGUGACAGUACUGAACGUGAACCUGCUGGGGAUGAUCGAGGUGACUCUGAGCCUGCUGCCCUUAGUGAGGAAGGCCAGGGGCCGCGUGGUCAAUGUCUCCAGCAUGCUGGGCCGGGUGUCACUUUUUGGAGGUGGCUAUUGCAUCUCCAAGUAUGGUGUUGAGGCCUUCUCGGACUCCCUCAGGAGGGAGCUCGCCCACUUUGGGGUGAAGGUGGUUGUGAUCGAGCCUGGUUACUUCGAGACAAACAUGACCAACAGUAAAAGAUUUACGCAGAUGACCCAGAAGAUUUGGGACCACGCCAGCCCUGAGAUCAAGGAGAUCUAUGGCCAAGAGUUUCUGGCAUCCUACCUCAAACUAUUAUCUGCAAAAGGUAGGACCACAGGCAACCUGAAUCUGUCUGCGGUGACGGACUGCAUGGAGCAUGCGCUGACCGCCUGCCACCCCCGCACCCGGUACUCAGCUGGCUGGGACGCCAAGCUUCUCUACCUCCCCCUGAGCUACAUGCCCACCUUCCUGAGAGAUGCCAUUGUCACCUGGGGCCUCCCAAGGCCAGAAAAAGCCCUGUGAAGCCACGUCUGGGUGUGGAGAGCAGGCUUUGAGGCAGUGGGGCCCCUACAACCUGGGGAACAUUCAGAGAAUGACCCCCCACCUGCCUCUCCUCCUUCCCCUAAACAACAAUAUUCUUUUCUGCUGGAAGUCAUGAAGCACAUUAUUUGUCUAGUUAAUCUUUAGGAGCUAUGCAGAAAUUCUUAUGAUCUUUCCAUUUUUACCUUUUAACAUAUGUUAACAAAGUUAGGGAGAAACUAUUAAUAGGAAGAUUUGUUUUUGAGAAAAGUUACUUACAUUUUCCAAUAAUAGUAUAAAACCAAAAAUAUGUCUUUUGUCUAUGCUACUUCCCCCUAAACAACCCUGCUGAGAUACUAGAAAAUAAAGCUGAUUUUGUGUUUUGGUGCCGGCCGCAGUCACCAGCUGCAUCAGAACUCCCGAACACAUCUUUCA